AUGCCUUUCACUGCCUCUGAUAUCUGCAAGAUUAUCCUUGCCAUCAUCCUGCCUCCUCUGGGUGUCUUCCUCGAGCGCGGAUGUGGUGCUGAUCUCCUGAUCAACAUCUGUCUGACCAUUCUCGGUUGGCUGCCGGGUAUUAUCCAUGCUCUGUAUGUCUUUUCUCUCCCGUUUCUUCCGUUUCUCCCGAUCAUCUACUGCCCGCCGUCCACGGGUAUCCAUCUGGACGACAACUGCUCUCGCCGAUAUCGAGCGAGUUCAAUUUAUUGCUUAAUACGACAAUGGCGCCGCGCCGACAAGGACAAAAACAAUAACCACAACAACAACAACAACACCUCCAGGGUCAGUGAGGCCUCUGGUGAGCCUGGUUCCGCCAGUGCCGGCCAGACCCGGUUCAACGCAACCCCACUGCUUGGCGGCCAGGAGUGCAGCGCGAUUACCAAUUGUUAUUGUUGUCUCGACGCGGCGGAGUCACCAUGA